AUGGUGAUUGCUGGAGUGACCGAUUACUCGCCAAUGCGCGUUGGCGCUGCGUCGGUUGCGUUCGGAAGACCAUCGUAUGCCUCAGGAAUGGGGACCAUGGUAACGGGGUCCCCGCCGCCGUCUGCUCCGAAGCCCGUGACAACAGACGCUGAAAAUACUCUUCCCCCCGUAUCCGCGAAUCCCCUUGGCGUGAGUGAGGCUGGCCCGUCUGCCCCUGUUGUUGCUCCACCUGCUCCGCCUGCUCCCCCCGCUGCUCCCGGUCCUCCUGCUCCCGCCGUUGCGCCAGCGGCGUCCGCCCCUGUUGGGAAGGUUGCUGUUCCCUCUGCUCCUGCCCCUGGCGCCCCCGUUGCACAGACCGCUUCUGUCCCCGCCGUGCCUGCGCCGGCGUCUGCUUCGUCCCCGAAGGCGGCGUUCGCCACCACUGGCGGCCCAGCUCCGUUGGUUGCGCGUCCGGUCGUGGACCCGCCUGCCCCCGCUACGCUGCCGGCGGCACAAGUGCUACAGCCGUCUCGUCCCCAGUCGCCAGACCGCCGACCAUCCCGCCCCCAUUCUCCUGCGCCCCAGCAGGAGCGCGAGUCGACGCGGCGCCGGCGCAACUCUCCCCGGCGCUACCAGCAGCAGGCCCAGUGGCCUGCCCUCCAUGGUGGCCAUGGGGGCUGGAGGGGUCCCCGCGGGCGCGGUGGUGGUGGGGCAUUCCGCCCGCGUGUGACGAUGGCGGAUCUUCAAAGGGAGGUGUCGAGGGCCGCCGUACCUCCCGUGGACCUUCCACCCGCGGCUGUAUUUCCUCCCCCCGUUCUUGCCCCAUCGCCUUGUGCCCCCACUGCUUCGCUUGCAGCUUCUGGAUCUCGUCUCCGCCUGCCCCCCGUUCCGCCGGUGGCUGGUGUUGAGUUCGUUGCUGCUGGCGGGGGAGCGGCGGGGGCGCAGCACACUCCCUACCCUGCUGAUGAUGAGCCGCUUCCAUUCCUGGCGGUGGCACUUCAGCCCCCGCAGACCCGAGUACCUGAAACGACACUCGGACAGUUGCACUGUCUUGCGGAGAGCCUUCACGCUCUACUGCUGAUUCAGGUGCUGGCUUACGCGUCUCUCCCUGUGAUCCCUGCUGACUCGUUUCGUGACAGGCCGCGCGAGACUUGCCUGGACGCGGCAGACCAGCUCGUGCAGCUGCUGGCGCCCGCGUUGGCUGCGCCCGCAGAGGGUGGCACUGCGGCUGUGGGACAACUUGACGAAGCUGUCCGGGGUUUGAGGCGACACUUGCGCGCAGGAUCUGGAGCCGCGGCGAUCGGCGCAAGUACGCUGGUGGUCCGUGAGCUGUGGCGGACGUUGACGGGCAUUCUCCAUGCCCUCGGAGCUCACCGGACGUAG